AUGAAAUAUACCGGCGUCGCAGCCGUCUGGCUCGCGCUGGCUUCGCGAUGCGCGGCGUCUGCGCCCCCUAUUCGGGUGUCCAUGCGCACAUCCUGGGAUGCACCGGAUAGACUGUUGGAGCUAAUAGAAACAGUAUCGCUAGAGAACUCGGACGCGUUCUUCCCACUACUGGACGCCCUAACAGACCCAACCGUGCUCUCACCCCACACCUCGCACACACCCGAAGCACUCGAACACCUUGUGCUCUCCACUGCCCAACAAUAUGGCCUUCUCUCUCAACCUGCCUCCUUAGAGUCAAUACAAAUGCAACUGGGACUACACGCUGCAUCUCCAAAGUUACAGGCCUUCUUCCAGCACUACGAGGAUGUAGAGAGGAAGAGAGAUGUGGGGAAUUGUGGGAGCUGGGUAGACUGGUAUGGGGAGGUUGUGUGUGAUUUGGAUAGGCUCGUGGAGGUCACGGGCCAUGGGACGUUGGACGAGGCGAAGGUUGACGAGAUUCACUCAGACCCCUACGCACGACCUAAGAUCUUAUCCUUCGAUCACAUCUACCCACCUCCGGCCUACUCCCUGACAUCACCACCACGAACGGCAAUCCUUCACGGUUCACUUAACUCGCCCAACUUCCGCGAGUUACACACACAUCUUCUCGCACUCGCCCGGCAACCAGCGCCUCGAUUGGAGUAUGUGUUUAGACCGGUACCGCAAGGGAACAAGCACGAACGGACGAACUUAUCCGGUUACGGCGUCACCUUGGAUCUCAAGAAGACGGAUUACCUGGUUCUAGAUGAUCGAGUGGGUGGUAGCAAGGCAUACGCGGACAGUGGAUCCGCUGAUGGCGAGGACGACGCUGCGCCACACGUCGACUUGGUUCUUCAAGCAUUAGAGGCUUUUCCGAUCCUGAACGAAAGCAUCAAACUCACAGACCCUCUCACCGAGACCGAACUCCAGCAGCUCGGCAUCCAAGCAACGCACCUAAUCUCAACCUCUCCGAACCCACUCGCAACACUCAAACAGCUCUCCCAGAACUUCCCGCGUUACGCCUCCCCACUCGCUCGACGCGCACCCGCUCCUCAAGACCUGAUCGACGAGCUCAGCUUGAACUCUAUGAAGACGCAUGCGGGAAUGAGCCAUGUGUGGUUGAACGGGGGUGUUGUGCCGCAGGAGAAGAUGAAUCCGUUUAGUCUACUUUCGCUCCUACGCAAAGAGCGCUCCGUGAUCACAUCGCUGCAAAACCUCGGCCUCUCACCAAACACAGCCUUCAAACUCCUCACCCACCCUCAAAUCGACGCGGCGUACUCCAGCUCUGAUAUACUCGAGGGCCUCUUCGACGCCUCUGACCGGUCCGAAGACGGAGAGCUCAUCCUGUGGCUCAACGAUAUCGAACACGAUGAGCGGUACUCGAGCUGGAAACCGAGCGUUAUCGCCGCACUACAACAAGGACCCUACGGCAUGCCCAACGUCCGCCUCAACCUCGUCAACGUCAUCUUCGCCGUCGACCUCACCCUCGCGCGGACGCACUACUUCCUCGCGUCGACCGUCACCGGCUUGAUUGCGCGCAAGUUCCCGUUGAGGUUUGGGAUUGUGCCGAUUAUCGGGGAGGGUGGGAGAGAUGAGGACGGGGUCAGGCUUGCGAAGGCGCUGGCGUACUUCAGUGAUACUAUGGAUUGGCCGGCGGAUACCACUUUUAUGAAGCAUCUCAUCUCAAACGUUCGCUCCGAAGCAGACCUCGCCCGACCCAUCACAAUGGACCACGCCAAAUCCGUCUUCGACGAGCUGAACGCCCGCCCCCCGCUCAAAGAAGGCAAAACGCAGCUCUCAUGGGAAGAAGUGACCGACAUUACCGACGAGCCCGCCCGCAAGUUGGUUGAGAAGUCAAGGGCGUACGCGAAGAGGCUGGACUUGAAGACGGGCGAGAGGGCGAGUCAGGAUGAGGGGGAGGGAGAGGCUUUUAUGCAUGCGUUUAUUAAUGGGCGACAUUAUGAUGUUGACGAUACGUUCAUUGGCGCUUUGCAGACGGAUGUCGGCGCUUUCUUCAGCUACUUCGCUCAGAAGGUCUACGCAGGCGAGCUGACCGACGAGAUCGCGUCGAACACGAACAUGGCGGACUAUUUCUACGACCUCCCCUCAACGUACAAGAGGCGCAACAAGCACAUCAUUUCCUCGACCAACCCCGCGGAUGUCGAUAUCGUCAGUUUGCCCUCGGUGUUCGCCAACACGGGGUUCGUGACGAAGGCUGGAGCUUACGUCUACGCUGAGAGCAAGAGAGUGCCGAGUACGAUGUACGUCAUCGCCGACCUGGAUACGGAGGAAGGAUUAGCGCUCGUACAGUACGCGCUCACAUACCUCGCUACAGUCCCCGAUGCAAGCUCGCGUAUCUCCUUCGUGCACAACCCCUCGGCACCAGCAGCGCUAGACGAUGAAACGCCAACGGGCGUCUCGGCGCUCUUCUCGCAUCUGAUCGCGAACGAGCGCUUAGGCGAAUUGACGCCCGCGCUGCUUCUGAAGGCGCUUAAACUCCACGUGCCGUCCGACGCCACAGACGCUCAAGCUCAAGAGACCUUCUCCUCGACCGACGCUUUAAGCGAGGUCUUGGGCGACAUCUCGCUCUCCGACAUCGACGCGGCCAACUACACAUCCUACCUCGCUUCCUCCCGUCUCCUCCUCAGUCACCUCUCCCUCGCCCCUGGCGCCAACGCCAUUCUCAUCAACGGGCGCGUCGUGGGACCGUUCGACGCGGGCGAAUGGACGGCGGGCGAUUUCGAGGAUCUGGAGCAGUUCGAGGGCGGGAAGAGGGUCGUGCCUGUUCUUGGGGCGCUGGGGGAGAGCUGGGAGGGGGCCGGGGGCUUGGAUGUGUUGGGAGAUGCGGAGAUUGCGGCGCUCGUGUCGAAUGUUGUGUCGAUCGUCUCGAACGUGCGGAUUCCGGACCCGUCUGAGGCGGGGUUGUAUAACUCGCAGCUGUCGUCGAGGAAUACGAACUAUAGGCGGUUGAGCUCGGAGCAGUCGAUGUUCAAGAUUGGCGACGAGGUGGAUGCACAGUUGCGUUUCGCGGUUAUACUUGAUCCGUUGAGCGUGGAUGCGCAGAGAUAUUCUGCGUUGCUUGAGUGGGCGUCUAGCCAGCCGGGCGUGUACGCGGAGGUGUAUCUUUUGCCGCGGCCGUAUGCAGAGAUGCCACUGAAGCGUUUCUACCGGUACAACCUGCUCCCUCAGCUAGUCUACGACGAGUCUGGGAACGAAGUCGCCCCCGUAUCCUCCUUCGACGACCUCCCCACCGAGCCCAUCUACACCCUCGGACUGGACGAACCCUCAUCAUGGGUCGUCCGCCCACGCAUCGCAGCCUUCGACCUUGACAACAUCCAACUCUCAGCCCUCUCAAACGCUGAAGUCACCUACGAGCUCGAUUACCUCUCCAUCGACGGCCACGCGCGCGAGGGACACUUUAACCGCCCACCGCGCGGCGUUCAGAUGCAACUCGUCGCCAAAUCCAACAGCACCAGUGCCCACGCGAUCGCCGACACGCUCGUCAUGGCCAACCUCGGCUACUUCCAGUUCCGCGCCACGCCCGGCGUAUACACUCUCGAGAUCCGCGAAGGCCGCGGAAGAGAUAUAUACGAGAUCGAAAGUGUUGGGAAUGAAGGGUGGAAGAGCCCGAGUGUUGCGGAGGGAGGAGAUAGGGUCACGAUUACGAGUUUUGAGGGGGUGGUGCUGUAUCCGAGGUUGAGGAGGAAGGCGGGGAGGGAGAGGGAUGAUGUGCUUGAGGAGGAUGACCAGGAGGAAGGAGAGGAAGGGGUUUUGGAGAGCGUUGUUUCUGGGAUAUCAUCGCUCUUUGGCAAGAGCAAGGACAAGCACGAGGAGAAGGCUGUCGCCAAGUCGCGCCAUGCCGACAUCAACAUCUUCACCGUUGCUUCGGGCAUGUUGUACGAGCGCUUCGCUUCGAUCAUGACGUUGAGCGUCAUGCGCAACACGAACCACACCGUCAAGUUCUGGUUCAUCGAGAACUUCCUCUCGCCGUCCUUCCUGGAAUUCAUCCCCUACCUGGCCGAAGAAUACGGCUUCCAAUACGAACUCGUAACCUACAAAUGGCCAAAAUGGCUGCGCGCCCAAACCGAAAAACAGCGCAUCAUAUGGGCCUACAAGAUCCUCUUCCUCGACGUCCUCUUCCCCAUGGACCUCGACCGCGUCAUUUUCGUCGAUGCGGAUCAGAUCGUACGCGCGGAUCUGAUGGAGCUCGUGGAGAUGGACCUGCAGGGCGCGCCGUAUGGGUAUACGCCUAUGGGGGAUGAUAAUGCGGAUAUGGAGGGCUUUAGGUUUUGGAAGCAGGGGUAUUGGGCGCAGGCGUUGGCUGGGAGGCCCUACCAUAUCAGCGCUUUAUAUGUUAUAGAUCUCAAGCGCUUCCGACAGCUUGCCGCCGGUGACGUUCUCCGCUCACACUACCAAGAGCUGUCUGCCGACCCCAACUCGCUCGCGAACCUCGACCAGGAUCUCCCCAACAACCUGCAACGCUACGUGCCCAUCUUCUCACUUCCCGAAGAUUGGUUAUGGUGCGAGACUUGGUGUAGCAAGGAUCGUCUUGAUCGCGCAAAGACGAUUGACCUUUGCCAAAACCCGCUUACAAAAGAGCCCAAGCUCGCUCGCGCGCGCCAGAUCCCUGAAUGGGAGGUCUACGACGGCGAGAUCGCGCGUCUGGCUCGUCGCCUGGCGGACGCGGGCAUCAUUCACGCUAGCGCCGCUGCUGCGGAUGUGUCAGAUCUGGCGAACGCUGCCUCCGGAACUGUGCCGGUACCGACUGAAGACGCGGCGGAGACGACGGAGGCGAGUGAACAGGACACCUCGGGCGACGGGGAGGAGCAAACGCGGCAUGACAAGCACGAUGAGCUCUGA